CUCAAAAUGAUAAAAUCUCCACCCAUUUUAUUUCACACCAGGAGCUUAGAUAUUUGCACCUAUAAAUACCUCAGUCUCCAUGCAUGCAUUAACUCCAACUUCAACUCGAUCAUCUUCAUCGUAUCUGUUGCAUCUUAUUAGCUUAUUAACCUUGAAGCAGCAUACUGAGCGUUUUUUAAUUAUCUUCGAGCACAAGCCCUAAAUAUCCAAAAAAAGAAAUGGCAGCUAUGAAGUCCCUUGCAUUGGUAGGGUUUCUUCUUUGCUGUGUUGCACUUGUUUCUGAGUGCAGGGUGGCAAGGAAAGACUUGGGACUCGAGCUCGGCGGCAAUGGCGGCGUCCAAGUCGGCCUUGGAGGAAGUGGUGGAGGAGGGGUUGGUUUGGGCAUAGGCGGAGGUGGUGCCGGUGUUGGAGUUGGCGGAAUAGGUGCUGGAGUAGGGGCCGGCUUGGGCGUUGGCGGAGGAGCCGGUGGUGGUGGUUCGGCUUCCGGGUCAGGUUCAGGUUCUGGUUCUGGUUCAGCUUCAAGCUCGGGUUCGAGAUCAGGAUCAUACUCUGGUUCGGGGUCAGGGUCAGGAUCAGGGUCUGCCGGGUCUAGUGCAGGAUCAGAGGCUGGUUCAUAUGCGGGGUCUAGAGCUGGAUCGGGAUCCGGAUCCGGAGCGUCCGAGUCAAGUGCAGGAUCUGAAGCUGGUUCUUACGCAGGGUCUAGAGCCGGAUCGGGUUCUGGUGGAUCUAGUGCAGGAUCUGAAGCUGGUUCUCAUGCAGGCUCUAGAGCUGGAUCGAGUUCGGGUUCUGGUGGAUCUAGUGCCGGAUCAAAAGCUGGUUCUUAUGCUGGAUCUAGGGCUAGCUCGGGAUCAGGGUCUGGGAAUUAAUUCAUACGAUAAUAUAUAUGCCCUUUUGUAUCUAAAUAAAUAAAUAAAUGGUUUGUGGCUUGUUUGCUUAUUUUUGUGAUAUCAUUUCUUUUUUUCUUUCGAGCCACCAUAUAUAUGUACUAGUACCUGUAUUCUUCUUCAUCGAGU